GUUGAAAAUCGAUAUUCCCAUUCAUCGAUGUAUGGAAGGAGUACUCGAAGAAUUCACAUGUUGAAAACGGAUACGCAGCCUAAAUGGAAGUUGUAAACAAACUGUUAUUGAAAUACGCAACUUGCAGAACUCCAGUUAUAACACUUAUACGGAACCAGAGUAAAACGGCAGCAGCUAUAUACACCAAAAAUGGUGAUGGAGGACUGACGUAUGCUGGUUCAGGGGAAUUGAAACCGAAGGAUGACUCAAUAUUUGAUGCAAUUGGAGCAACUGAUGAACUUUCAUCCUACAUAGGAUUGGCUCGAGAAUUUGCGAUUGAUGGCCAGCAUUCCUAUGUGGACAAACUGAACAGAAUUCAGUGUAUUCUUGUGGAUAUCAGCACUGCGAUUUCUAAGUGCUCCAGCUCUGAACUCGUCAGGUUGUCUUCCAGACACACCAAAGAUCUUGAAGAAUGGAUUGAUGAAUACUCUAAACAGUUACCACCUCUUGAGAAUUAUGUGAUACCAGGAGGUGGCAAGGCAUGUGCAUCACUCCAUGUAGCAAGAACUAUAUGCCGCAGAGCAGAACGUUGUGUUGUGCCUCUUGUUAGGAAAGGAGAGCUACAUAAUGAAGCACAAGUUUAUUUAAACAGAUUGUCUGACUUUUUAUUCACAAUUUCAAGACUGGCAGCAAAAUGUGACAAAAAAGGUGAAAACAUCUACAUACCACGCCCUGAACCAAUUGCAAAAGAGAAAGCUGCACAGCAAAAAUAAACGCUUGAUACUAUUCAGGAGAAAUGAGUAAGGCUGAACACUUCCAAAGUCCAAUCAAGCAGCAUAAGAUACUGAAAUUCUUGAUAUUUUUGUUUGCUCUUGAGUUGGCACUUGUUACAUUAAUCAAAAAUAAUUGUUUCAAGUUGUUUUAUUUGUAACACUUCAAAAUAUAAUUUAGUAAAAGUGUAUAUACAAAUGUGUACAUAGGACUGAUAAAUAAGUUACAAAUAUUAAAUUGUUUUUAUAACA